UAUCGGUCUGUCCCUUGCCUGGUGCUCUGAAUUUCUCUGUGUUUUUUUUGCCAACUUUUUUCUUUCUUUACUCACUAACUUUCUGUCCGGCCAGAGGCAGCAGAGGUAGGGAAAAAGACGCUGCACACCCUGCACGUUCCACACGCUGUACGCUGAACACGCUGUACGCUGAACACGCCGCACGCGCCACACGCUGCACACGGUCUCAAAGCCAUUGGUCACCAUGCCAUCGACAAGAGGACGCGCCGACUUGCAGGUGGAGCGAGGUGGCCUUCUCAACCUGAACCACUAUGCCACCAAGAAGAGUGUGGCAGAGAGCAUGCUGGAUGUGGCUCUGCUGAUGGCCAACGCCUCACAGAUGAAGGCAGUGCUUGAGCAGGGGCCUGAUUUCAAGUAUUACAUCACUCUGGUGGUGCUGAUUGGGGUCUCCUUGCUCUUCCAGAUCGCCGCAGGGGCUCUCUUCAUCUUCAUGGCUCGGAAGGAUAUCAACGAUGCUGCCAACCAGAGGAAGCUUGACAUAAUAAACAAUGUAGCUACUGGGCUGGUUUUUAUCACCGUCAUCAUCAAUAUCUUCAUCACUGCUUUUGGGGUGCAGAAGACAGGGCUGUACCCCAAACCCAACUGAACACACGAGUGCAUGCAGCAUUAAACUCAAAGUACAGGUGAAGGCUUUUGAGGGGGAUGGCUGAAUUAAGAGUAUACAUUCAUCACAUACAGUACAUCCUGCUAUCAUUACCAUAGCCGGCCAGUUGUGCACAACCCAUUUCCGUCAAUGUAAUCUAAAGGAGUUGUGACUGUAUAUUCACACAAUACAUUUUUAAAAAUGAAUUUUUCAGUUGAUAUAUUUCUCCUCCUUAAUCUCUUAAUGGAGAAAAUACAAUUUUUGCCUUUUCCUGAAACUUAAUUUAUUUUAAUUCACUAUACAUAAAAGAGCGCAUGUAUUGAUUUAUUCUGCUAUUGUAUGUUAAUUAAACUAAACUGCCAUUUCAAGAAAUGUAAAACAUCAAAAUCAUUAGGAUGUAAGUGUUUUACAUUACAAUGUUGUCAUCUCUAUCUUUGAUUUUUGUGCUUACCCUGCUAUUUAAAAUGAUUCCACACAAAUUAAUUAGGAUGUAAGUGUUUUACAUUACAAUGUUGUCAUCUCUAUCUUUGAUUGUUGUGCUUACCCUGCUAUUUAAAAUGAUUCCACGCAAAAAGAUAUAAUAAUAAAAAGUGUACUUAAAUUAAUUAAUCAUUAUUAGUGCAAAUACUUGAGCUGAAAUAAAACAUUUAA